GCGAUUCAGCUUACCACCUUUCUGGUUGUUUGUUCAUAAAUUCGUUAGUCAAAGGAUGGAUCUUGUAUCAGCGCUGAAGAUUCUAAAAGCAUCAAAUGACGAUGAGCUUCAAUCUCACAAGAUACAGACAAUUCUGAUUCUACGAGAUGUAGGUCAACGUUUGCAAACCCGAAUUCUACCAACACCUCUUGAUCCUUCUCCUACACACAGCGAGGUAGAAGACGACUCUUCUGUGUUUACAGAGAACUCCGAAAGAGGCCGGCUUUGGCAUAGCUCGUUGGGAACAAGGCUUCCUGACAGAGACUCCGACGAAAGCCCAUCUCCCAGCAACUCUAUCAUCACAACAAAGCCGAAGCGCUCCAAGGUAGAAACUGUACUCAAAGCAGUCAUAGGCGUUCUGCCAUGGAUAUGGUCUAUCAGGAACGAAAAUGUCCUUGAUCUAAUCGGGCGUAAACGAUCUGCUUCAACCGACCGUCGAACUGAGGAUAUAGCACGAGUUGUUGGUGAUGCCGAUGCUAGACAAGAGGACAGGCUACUUCGAGCCUGCGCAUUGAUAUCUUAUGUAUCCGAACUUGGUUCCUAUGAGAAGAACCAUAAUAAGGACUCCAGGGUGGAUCAAUUAGCGCAACUUGUUUCCUCAGGACAUACUAAAACAGAUUCCUUUCACGAGCGGAAGGGAAGUGUAAUUGCACAGUUUGUCAGGGACACGCCUGGUUUCAAGGAAAAGGAAUCAAUGAUUCGUCGCGCAACUGGCAGUGGUGUCAAAUUGCACGUACUGAAAAGACUCGUUGAGGAGAGGCUAAAGAGCCAGGGUCUACCACACGAAUGCGACGCAGUCCUCCAUGUCUUAGGCUUGGUCAAACAUCGAGUUUUCGGAACAACGUACGAGAAUACGCUCGAUCUCGUCAAUCUCUUGUUUGCCGAGGACACACUUGUAACAUUAUCGUCACCUGAUGACAAUGAACCCAACAAGGAUAGCUUGUCACAGAUACAUGUUCUCGAUGUCAUCGGGGCACUAUCACCGUGGUCGAGAGCCUUACAGAAGAGUUACGAAGGUUGGUCUGCACCCGAUAUGGAAAAGCAAGCACUCACAAACCACCACAGAGGCCAUUUCGGAUGGCUCUGUAUCCGACUGCCCACAACCAUACAACAAGCGCGCGCGGGGAAACCAGUGCAAUGAUAUCGUAGGCUCCUCGAGAUUCGUAGGAGACAGUGAUACCGCUACGCAUGCAUCACUUCAACUUCACAAUGGGACGUCCUCUAUGCCACAAUCACAAGCGUUCAGCAGCAUUUGCAACCCUGAAGUUCUAUCACAUAGGGUGGAAACGCGUAUACCGAUGGUCGCCCCGAGAGAAGCCCAAUACGUCUGCAGAAAUGAACCACAGAACCCAUCGACUGGAUGUUUCAAUACCCCGCCUCAUAGUUUAGUACACACAUGGGCUGGGAAUGGUGCGAUUCCGGACGUGAAUAGUGAUACUAUGGAAAGGACAGAAGCCACACAGCAAGGGCUGGGCGUCAACUAUGAAAACAAUCAAGAUACCAGUGUUCUACCCAUCCACGUGCCUCGAGGCCAAGCGCCACA